GGCGGAGGCCGCGGGGCGGGGCGGGCCGCGGCCGGGGAGUCCGAGCUCGAGCCCCCGCCCCAGGCCAGCACCGGAGGGAUCCCCCGGCCGGAGCGGGAGGCCCGUGCAGUCCGGGUUCCCGUGCUCGCGCGGCGCCCAGAGUCCGAGUCCUGCCCGAGCGGCGGCGGCGCGGCAGGUACCGCAGAAGCCACCCACGUGCCCGCCUCGCUCUCUGCUGCCUUGUGUCGCCCCCCCCGCUGGGGCAGUGGCCACCAUGUUCUCGUGUGUGAAGCCCUACGAGGACCAGAACUAUUCUGCCCUGAAGCGGGCCUGUCUGCGGAGGAAGGUGCUCUUCGAGGACCCCAACUUCCCGGCCACCGAUGACUCGCUGUACUAUCAGGGCUCCCCGGGCCCCACGGUCAGAUGGAAGCGGCCCAAGGACAUCUGUGAGGACCCCCGCCUCUUUGUGGAUGGCAUCAGCUCCCACGACCUGCACCAGGGCCAAGUGGGCAACUGCUGGUUUGUGGCGGCCUGCUCGUCACUUGCCUCCCGGGAGUCACUGUGGCAGAAGGUCAUCCCAGACUGGAAGGAGCAGGAGUGGGACCCUGAGAAACCCAAUGCCUAUGCAGGCAUCUUCCACUUCCACUUCUGGCGCUUCGGGGAGUGGGUGGACGUGGUCAUCGACGACCGGCUGCCCACGGUCAACAACCAGCUCAUCUAUUGCCAUUCCAGCUCCCACAACGAGUUCUGGUGUGCCCUCGUGGAGAAGGCCUAUGCCAAGCUGGCGGGCUGUUACCAGGCCCUGGAUGGAGGCAACACGGCAGAUGCAUUGGUGGACUUCACAGGUGGCGUGUCUGAGCCCAUCGACCUGACCGAGGGUGGCUUCGCCCAUGAUGAGGCCAAGAGGAACCAGCUCUUUGAGCGUGUGUUGAAGGUGCACAGCCGGGGAGGCCUCAUCAGUGCCUCCAUCAAGGCAGUGACAGCAGCAGACAUGGAGGCCCGCCUGGCGUGUGGCCUGGUGAAGGGCCACGCAUAUGCCAUCACUGACGUGCGCAAAGUGCGCCUGGGCCACGGCCUGCUAGCCUUCUUCAAGUCGGAGAAGCUCGACAUGAUCCGCCUGCGGAACCCCUGGGGCGAGCGGGAAUGGAAUGGGCCCUGGAGUGACACCUCAGAGGAGUGGCAGAAAGUGAGCAAGAGUGAGCGGGAAAAGAUGGGUGUGACCGUGCAGGACGACGGGGAGUUCUGGAUGACCUUCGAGGACAUGUGCCGAUACUUCACCGACAUCAUCAAGUGUCGCCUGAUCAACACAUCUUACCUGAGCGUCCACAAGACGUGGGAGGAGGCCCGGCUGCGGGGUGCCUGGACAAGGCACGAGGACCCCCAGAAGAACCGCAGUGGAGGUUGCAUCAAUCAUAAGAACACCUUCUUCCAGAACCCGCAAUACAUCUUUGAUGUCAAGAAGCCAGAAGAUGAAGUGCUGAUCUGUAUCCAGCAGCGGCCGAAACAGUCCACCCGCCGGGAUGGCAAGGGUGAAAAUCUGGCCAUUGGCUUUGACAUCUACAAGGUGGAGGAGAACCGGCAGUACCGCAUGCACAGCCUGCAGCACCGGGCUGCCAGCUCCAUCUACAUCAACUCGCGCAGUGUCUUCCUGCGGACCGACCAGCCCGAGGGCCGCUUUGUCAUCAUCCCCACCACCUUCGAGCCUGGCCACACUGGCGAGUUCCUGCUUCGGGUCUUCACUGAUGUGCCCUCCAACUGCCAGGAGCUGCGCCUGGACGAGCCCCCUCGCUCCUGCUGGAGCUCCUUGUGUGGCUACCCCCAGCAGGUGACCCAGGUGCACGUCCUAGGGGCUGCUGGUCUCAAGGACUCCUCGACAGGGGCCAACUCUUACGUGAUCAUUAAGUGUGAGGGGGACAAAGUCCGCUCGGCCGUGCAGAAAGGUACCUCAACGCCUGAGUAUGAUGUGAAAGGCAUCUUCUACCGCAAGAAGCCGGGCCAGCCCAUCACAGUCCAGAUCUGGAACCACCGAGUCCUGAAGGAUGAAUUCUUGGGCCAGGUGCAGCUGAAGGCUGACCCCGAUGACCUCCAGGCCUUGCACACCCUCCACCUCCGGGACCGCAACAGCCGGCAGCCCAGCGACCUGCCUGGCACCGUCGCUGUGCGUGUCUUCAGCAGCACCUCCCUCAUGGCUGUCUGACACCCACCCACCCGCCUGGCGACCACAGUUUUAAACCAUCUGCAUGUCCCCAACCUGGCCAGGGACUCGCCUGAGAGCCAGGAAGCUGGGGGCCUCCUCCCAGCUUUUCCACUGACUUGCUGUGUGAUCUGGGGAGGCCUCUGCCCUUCUCAGGGCCUCAGUGUCCCAAGGCCCCCGAAGUGUUCCCUUCUCAUGGAGGAGCCUUCCUGCCUGAGAUUUAUAAUCACACCCCUUACCCCAGCUGUCACUACUGCUAAGGGAUUCUAUCCGUUGAAAACAUUUUCCCAAGGCCCUGCUGUCUGCCGACGGAGUGCCAAGAUGUCACUUGUUUACACACAAACUGCCACGUCCCCGAACCCCACUCUUGCCCCUGGUGUCCCUGUGCCCGCCCCUGUGAACCAGACCUUGCUUUCUCUGUCCCCUACACCUGGUUUGCUAGCCACCUUGAAAGGGCUCUUGGCUCUUGCUGGGUUCCUGCUUGGGCUGGAGUCAGGAAAAUGGUCAGGUGACAUUUGUUCGUUCUCUCAUCCUGUCCACUUGCCCAUCCAUUUAUUUAUUCAACAGAGUUUUGCCAAAUGAAUAAACGACCCAUGAGAGCCCCAGUGGUGCCGGGCACCUCCCUGCCACUCUGGGAGACCCGGCAUCUGUGUGGGGCCUCACCCCUGCUCUCAGGUCCUCUCCGAGGUGGAUGCCCACAUGCCCAGAGGAGCUACUGUGGCUGCCAUCUUGCCCCAGGCUCUGAUUGCUGUCCUAGCCUCUGGGUGAAGCCCCCUAGUGGGAUGGCAUCAGUGGUUGUGGGAGGAAGGGCAUUUUCCUGCCUCUGUUGCCUUCAUGCCAGAAGGCGUGUGCUUGGUUUGGUGGCCAGGAGGGUGUGAGGAGGCCUGGGGACCUGAAGGCUCCUCUCUGCUUUAAGACUUUUCCUAGGAGGAGGGACCCUGGGGCAGUGAUCUCAGGCCCACUGGGCUCAGGUCACUUGUUGGGCUUGGCAGGAGACAGGUGAAUCCAUCACCUGACCAGAGGCCCCUCUCCCAAAAUUCCCCCCCAGAAUGCAGCCCAAUGAGCUAUGGCCCUCCUCUUGCUGCCUGGACCAAAAUGUUCCUUUAGUCUUCAAUGUUUUAUAUUCUUCAUGUGUUACCAAUUUCAACCAGGGGCUUUGAAAGGAAAACAAAGCCUGAGCCCCUUUAUUCAUCUUCAGCUCCAGUUCCUGUGGUCCUCUGAUUUUAAUUCUGAUUCUGCCGGGUGGG